AUGACAACGAUAUACAAGAUUUUAAGGAAGAAUGAUAGGAUGGACAACGAUGCGAUAUUUUACAUAAGAAAGCAACAUAGAGGGAACAAAGAGGUGGCAGCGUGGAAGACGAAGGUGGAGCCACGAGCCUCAGGAGGAACAUCUUCAGAGAAUAACAGCUGCACAAGCAAGGCUCAGGAGCUGGCGUUGAGCUCUGUAGGCGCAGUUGAGGUCCUCGUGGUGAGUCCCACGCUGUACGGGUCCCUGGUGGUGAGUCCCACGCUGUACGGGUCCCUGGUGGUGAGUCCCACACUUUACGGGUCCCUGGUGGUGAGUCCCACACUGUACGGGUCCCUGGUGAGAGAAAUAUGGGCCCCUCACACGUGGGGCCCCCUCACACGUGGGGCCCUUCACUCGUGGGGCCCCUCACACGUGGGGCCCUUCACACGUGGGGGCCCUUCACACGUGGGGGCCCUUCACACGUGGGGCCCUUCACACGUGGGGCCCUUCACACGUGGGGGCCCUUCACACGUGGGGGCCCUUCACACGUGGGGGCCCCUUACACGUGGGGCCCCUCACACGUGGGGGCCCUUCACACGUGGGGGCCCUUCACACGUGGGGGCCCUUCACACGUGGGGGCCCUUCACACGUGGGGGCCCUUCACACGUGGGGGCCCUUCACACGUGGGGGCCCUUCACACGUGGGGGCCCUUCACACGUGGGGGCCCUUCACACGUGGGGGCCCUUCACACGUGGGGGCCCUUCACACGUGGGGGCCCUUCACACGUGGGGGCCCUUUACACGUGGGGGCCCUUCACACGUGGGGGCCCUUCACACGUGGGGGCCCUUCACACGUGGGGGCCCUUCACACGUGGGGGCCCUUCACACGUGGGGGCCCUUCACACGUGGGGGCCCUUCACACGUGGGGGCCCCUCACACGUGGGGGCCCUUCACACGUGGGGGCCCUUCACACGUGGGGGCCCUUCACACGUGGGGCCCUUCACACGUGGGGGCCCUUCACACGUGGGGGCCCCUCACACGUGGGGCCCUUCACACGUGGGGCCCUUCACACGUGGGGGCCCCUCACACGUGGGACCCUUCACACGUGUGGCCCUUCACACGUGGGGCCCUUCACACGUGGGGGCCCUUCACACGUGGGGGCCCUUCACACGUGGGGGCCCCUCACACGUGGGGGCCCUUCACACGUGGGGGCCCUUCACACGUGGGGCCCUUCACACGUGGGGGCCCUUCACACGUGGGGGCCCUUCACACGUGGGGGCCCCUCACACGUGGGGCCCUUCACACGUGGGGCCCUUCACACGUGGGGGCCCUUCACACGUGGGGGCCCUUCACACGUGGGGGCCCCUCACACGUUGGGGCCCCUCACACGUGGGGGCCCCUCACACGUGGGGGCCCCUCACACGUGGGGGCCCCUCACACGUGGGGGCCCUUCACACGUGGGGGCCCUUCACACGUGGGGGCCCUUCACACGUGGGGGCCCUUCACACGUGGGGGCCCCUCACACGUGGGGGCCCUUCACACGUGGGGGCCCUUCACACGUGGGGGCCCUUCACACGUGGGGGCCCUUCACACGUUGGGGCCCUUCACACGUGGGGGCCCCUCACACGUGGGGGCCCUUCACACGUGGGGGCCCUUCACACUUGGGGCCCUUCACACGUGGGGCCCUUCACACGUGGGAGCCCUUCACACGUGGGGGCCCCUCACACGUUGGGGCCCUUCACACGUGGGGGCCCCCUCACACGGGGGCCCUUCACACGUGGGGGCCCUUCACACGUGGGGGCCCUUCACACGUUGGGGCCCUUCACACGUGGGGGCCCUUCACACGUGGGGGCCCUUCACACGUGGGGGCCCCUCACACGUGGGGGCCCUUCACACGUGGGGGCCCUUCACACUUGGGGCUCUUCACACGUGGGGCCCUUCACACGUGGGGGCCCCUCACACGUGGGGGCCCCUCACACGUUGGGGCCCUUCACACGUGGGGGCCCCUCACACGGGGGCCCUUCACACGUGGGGCCCUUCACACGUGGGGGCCCUUCACACGUGGGGGCCCUUCACACGUGGGGGCCCCUCACACGUGGGGCCCUUCACACGUGGGGCUCUUCACACGUGGGAGCCCUUCACACGUGGGGGCCCUUCACACGUGGGGGCCCCUCACACGUUGGGGCCCCUCACACGUGGGGGCCCCUCACACGUGGGGGCCCCUCACACGUGGGGGCCCUUCACACGUGGGGGCCCUUCACACGUGGGGGCCCUUCACACGUGGGGGCCCUUCACACGUGGGGGCCCUUCACACGUGGGGGCCCCUCACACGUGGGGGCCCUUCACACGUGGGGGCCCUUCACACGUGGGGGCCCUUCACACGUGGGGGCCCUUCACACGUUGGGGCCCUUCACACGUGGGGGCCCCUCACACGUGGGGGCCCUUCACACGUGGGGGCCCUUCACACUUGGGGCCCUUCACACGUGGGGCCCUUCACACGUGGGAGCCCUUCACACGUGGGGGCCCCUCACACGUUGGGGCCCUUCACACGUGGGGGCCCCCUCACACGGGGGCCCUUCACACGUGGGGGCCCUUCACACGUGGGGGCCCUUCACACGUGGGGGCCCUUCACACGUUGGGGCCCUUCACACGUGGGGGCCCUUCACACGUGGGGGCCCUUCACACGUGGGGGCCCCUCACACGUGGGGGCCCUUCACACGUGGGGGCCCUUCACACUUGGGGCUCUUCACACGUGGGGCCCUUCACACGUGGGGGCCCCUCACACGUGGGGGCCCCUCACACGUUGGGGCCCUUCACACGUGGGGGCCCCUCACACGGGGGCCCUUCACACGUGGGGGCCCUUCACACGUGGGGGCCCUUCACACGUGGGGGCCCUUCACACGUUGGGGCCCUUCACACGUGGGGGCCCCUCACACGUGGGGGCCCUUCACACUUGGGGCCCUUCACACGUGGGGCCCUUCACACGUGGGGGCCCUUCACACGUGGGGGCCCUUCACACGUGGAGGCCCCUCACACGUGGGGCCCCUCACACGUGGGGCCCUUCACACGUGGGGCCCUUCACACGUGGGGCCCUUCACACGUGGGGCCCUUCACACGUGGGGGCCCCUCACACGUGGGGGCCCCUCACACGUUGGGGCCCCUCACACGUGGGGGCCCCUCACACGUGGGGGCCCCUCACACGUGGGGGCCCCUCACACGUGGGGGCCCUUCACACGUGGGGGCCCUUCACACGUGGGGGCCCUUCACACGUGGGGGCCCUUCACACGUGGGGGCCCUUCACACGUGGGGGCCCUUCACACGUGGGGGCCCUUCACACGUGGGGGCCCUUCACACGUGGGGGCCCCUCACACGUGGGGCCCCUCACACGUGGGGCCCCUCACACGUGGGGGCCCUCACACGUGGGGGCCCUCACACGUGGGGCCCCUCACACGACUGGACCAUAGCUGGUGCGGGACAAGAGAAGAUCAGUUAG